AUGGAACCGGGGCCGGCCCCGGGCCCUGACCCCGCCACGGGCCCGGGCCACGAGCCCGAAACGGGCCCGGUGCCGGGAACUGACCCGGCAGCCGACCCCGACGUGGAGCCGCUGCGCCGGGGCGGCUUCCGCUGCCGCCUGUGCCAGAUCACCGCGGCCAACCGCCCCAGCCUGCAGUCCCACCUGGCGGGGAAGCGGCACCGGCGGCUCCGGUGUCUCCGUUCCGAGCGGCUCUCGCAGGAGCAGCGGAGCCUUUUCGUCAGCGGCUUCCCCCGGGGCACGGAGCCCGCGCGGCUGCGGCGCCACUUCCGCGCCUUCGGGGAUGUCGCGACAGUCGUGAUGGACAAGGAGAAGUGCUCCCAGUUUGCCCUGCCGCAGGUGGGGGCGCAGCUGCAGCUGCUGGUGCGGGCUCUGGAGCUGAGCGCGGCCGAGCGCCGCCUGCGGGAGCUGCUGCUGGCCCUGAUCCGAGAGGUGUUCACAGAGUUCUUCCCAGGCUGCUCCGUUGUCCCCUACGGCUCCUCCGUCAACGGCUUCGACGUCCACGGCUGCGACCUCGACCUGCACCUGGAGCUGGGGGGCCGGGACGGGGACCCCCAAACCCGGGAGACCCCAAAUGGGGACCCCCAAACCCGGGAGACCCCAAAUGGGGACCCCCAAACCCGGGAGACCCCAAAUGGGGACCCCCAAAACCGGGAAACCCCAAAUGGGGACCCCCAAAACCGGGAGACCCCAAAUGGGGACCCCCAAAACCAGGGGACCCUGCUGGGGGAUGGGGACCCCCCUCCCAAUGGGGUCCGUUUUGGGGUCCGAGGGGUCCCUUUUGGGGGGUCCCAUUUGGGGGACAAAGGGUCCCAUUUGGGGGACAAAGGGUCUCUUUUGGGGUCCGAGGGGUCCCUUUUGGGGGACAGAGACCCCUCCCUGGACGGCUCCCUUUUAGGGGACGAGGCCGCUCCUCCCUCGGGCUCCGACUCCGAGGGGUCCCUGUCGGGGGGUGAAUCCCCCGAGCCCGGGGGGUCCCUUUUGGGGUGCGGGGGGUCCCUUUUGGGGCGCGGGGCCCUCCCCGAGCAGCUGCUGGCUCUGGUGGGCGCGGUGCUGCGGCGCUGCGUGCCGGGGGUCCGCGGGGUCCGAGCCGUGCCCGGGGCCCGGCGGCCCGUGGUCAAAUUCAGCCACAAACAGUCGGGACUGGCCGGAGACGUGUGCCUGGACAACCGCCUGGCUCUGUUCAACACCCGUUUCCUGCGGCUCUGCGCCGACGCCGACCCCCGGGUGCGGCCCCUGGGCUACGCCGUGCGGCUCUGGGCGGGGGGGCAGCGCCUGGCGGGGAACCGGGCCGGGGGCGGACCCCUCCUCACCAAUUACGCUCUGACGCUGCUGGUGGUGCUGUUCCUGCAGAGCCGCAGCCCCCCCGUGCUGCCCUCGGUGCGGCGCCUCCGACACCUCGCGGGACCCCGGGACCGUGCCCAGGUUGGGGGGUGGGAUUGCAGCUUCCCCCGGGACGCGGCCGAGCUGGAGCCCAGCGGCAACACCCAGAGCGCCGCCUCCCUCCUGGCCGAAUUCUUCUCCUAUUUCGGGAGCCUGGAUCUGGGGGGGCUCCUCCUGUCCCCCCUGGAGGGCCGAGCUCUGCCGCGACCCCCGCCCGGGACCCCCGGGGGGCUCCGCCCGGGCCCCCUGACCCUGCAGGACCCCUUCGAGCUCAGCCACAACGUGGCCGCCAAUGUCACCCCGCGCACGGUGUCGCGAUUCGUGCGCUGCUGUCGCGACGCCGCCCGCCUCUGUCGCGGCCCCGAGUUCCUGCAGAAGUCGCGGAGGGGCCGCCCUUGGGGCGUGAUGCGGCUGCUCCAGCCCGGGAAUCCCGGCAAUUCCCAGGGGAAAUUCCUCAUCCCGGUGCCGCUGCGGGCUCCGGGGGUCCCGCAGGGCGAGGUGUGCGCGGCCGUGGGCUUCGUGCUCAGGGAGGUGCUGGGCUGCGGCUGCGAGCCCGAGGGGGAGCCGGGGGAGCCAGAACCGGGGGCCGCGAGUCACCUGGAGGGGGAUUUGGGGGUCCCGGGAGCACCGGGGACUGAGGAGGAGCUGCUCCCGGAUCCGGGAGAGCCAGAACCGGGAGCCGCGAGUCACCUGGAGGGGGUGACGGGCGAUUCCCGGGGGGAUUUGGGGGUCCCGGGAGCACCGGGGACUGAGGAGGAGCUGCUCCCGGAUCCGGGAGAGCCAGAACCGGGAGCCGCGAGUCACCUGGAGGGGGUGACGGGCGAUUCCCGGGGGGAUUUGGGGGUCCCGGGAGCACCGGGGACUGAGGAGGAGCUGCUCCCGGAUCCGGGAGAGCCAGAACCGGGAGCCGCGAGUCACCUGGAGGGGGUGACGGGCGAUUCCCGGGGGGAUUUGGGGGUCCCGGGAGCACCGGGGCCGGGCUGGAAGCGCCGCCUCCCCGAGGGGGUCGCGGAUGGGGCGGGGGUCCCGCCCGCAAAGCGCCCCCGGGGCCCCGCGGUGCCGGCCCGGUGGAGCUGCUGUGUCUGUGACCCCCGGACACCCUUCACUGACCCCCGGACACCCUUCACUGACCCCCGGACACCCUUCACUGACCACCGGACACCCUUCACUGACCCCUGGACACCCUUCACUGACCACCACACCCCCUUCACUGACCACCGGACACCCUUCAAUGACCACCGGACACCCUUCACUGACCCCUGGACACCCUUCAAUGACCCCCGGACACCCUUUAAUGACCACCGGACACCCUUAAAUGACCACCGGACACCCUUUAAUGACCACCGGACACCCUUUAGUGACCCCCAGACACCCUUAAAUGACCACCGGACACCCUUUAAUGACCACCGGACACCCUUCACUGACCACCGGACACCCUUCACUGACCACCGGACACCCUUUAGUGACCCCUGGACACCCUUUAAUGACCACCGGACACCCUUUAGUGACCCCCAGACACCCUUAAAUGACCACCGGACACCCUUCACUGACCACCGGACACCCUUCACUGACCACCGGACACCCUUUAAUGACCCCUCCCUGCCCACCGGACCUUCACUGCCCACCUCACCCCAUCCAGCGCCCACCGCCCGUUUCCAGCCCCCGUCCCCAGGGGCAGAUUUGGGAUCCUGGGAGAGAUUUUGGGAUCCUGGGGGUGGGAUUUGGGAACCGCCGGGGGAGAUUCUGGGAUCCCGGGGGGUGGAUUUUGGGAUCCAUGGGUGA